CUGUGGAUCUGCUGGAGGUCUCCACGCGCUCAGUGCGCGGCCCUCAGUGGACAAAAGUUAGGACACCCCCGGGGUUAAAUGAUCACGUCAGCCAGACGAGUGUCUCCUGAUACACCUGAAGUCCGGAUCUCCUUCAGCCUUGACGGCACAUCAGAUGCACAAAAUGCGGAUGAACUCUCUCAGACUUUCCCCGAUGUGGAACAGCGACUGCAGCCGGUGGCUCCGUGCGUGUCCCUGAAAGAGAGCGUGCACGUGUACAAGGAACACUGCAGGAUGGCCCGGGAGUUCCACCAAGUCAAGCACGACAUCGCCGUUCUGGAGGAGCGCAAGUGUCGGCUGCUGGCCGAGCUGGUGGAGGACGAGAAGGUGGCCCUGGAGAUCGCCCGCCUGGAGGAGGAGUCCCGCCGCCUGGCGGAGGAGAACCGCACGCUGGUGACGGCCCACGAGGAGAGCGCCCGGCAGCUGCGGAGGCUCGGCGUGGGCGGGUGGAGGAGGCCCGACUCCUCGUGACCUUUAACCCACCCUCCCCACACCCCUCCGGGAGAUUCCGACCCCGACAUCCAGCAGAGAAACUGUUCGAGCCGCACGCUGGCUGAUAUUUCCCCCGGUUGUGUUUGUGGCGUUGCCGUGACGACGUCCUCCUGGAAGUUACUUCUUUCAAAGGCUCAUUUCUGCAAAAACAUACGAGUUCCACCGCAAAAUUUCAAGUCUUUUUAUACCGAAUAAAAAGAAAAACCGUACCACUGCUAUUUUUACAGCAAAAGUGAGCUUCCAUUUUCAAAUUUUCCGUUUUUUU